UAGCUAGCUUAGUAGCUCGAGAAGAAGUUAGCAAGAUGUUUUACAAAGGUUUGCGGUGUGUUUUAGCGGGUGUGUAGGGGUUCUGUUGUAAAUGUUAAAUGGAAACGAAGCGGACGUUGCAGAUUGUGCUUCCUACGACUGACAGUAUGUCAGAAGGAGACAGCUCGGGUGAAUCCAUCCAUGGGAAGCCAUCGGUCAUUGCUGGCUUCUUUACACGUCUUGGGCAGAUCUAUCAGUCAUGGUUGGACAAGUCUACUCCAUUUUCAGCAGUCCGAUGGGCAGUCACUCUUAUCCUUACAGCCAUAUACAUGAUCAGAGUGUAUAUACUACAGGGGUGGUACAUAGUCACAUAUGCUCUUGGAAUCUACCAUCUCAAUUUGUUCAUCGCUUUUCUCUCUCCAAAAGUGGACCCUUCGUUGCUUGAUGAUCCAGAUGAGGGUCCAUCACUACCCACAAAGCAGAACGAGGAAUUCCGGCCAUUCAUUAGGAGGUUGCCGGAAUUCAAAUUCUGGCAUUCUGCAACAAAAGGCAUUGUCAUCGCCAUGAUUUGCACAUUCUUUGAAGCCUUCAACGUGCCAGUGUUCUGGCCUAUUCUUGUAAUGUACUUCAUCAUGCUCUUCUGCAUCACCAUGAAGCGUCAGAUCAAGCAUAUGAUCAAGUAUAGGUACCUGCCCUUCACACAUGGGAAGAGGACAUACAGAGGCAAGGAAGACACAGGGAAAACAUUUGCAAGUUAAAAUUCCCCCUCCUGAAAUUAAAGUUGUUGAUGAAGAAUGAGGAAACAUAAGAACGUUGAAUGCUUUAUAUGAUAAGAAAUGGAUGGAGAGGGUUGAGACUUUGUUCGUGUGCUUUUCUUUUUUUUCUCCUUUUUUUUUUUUUUUGGUUUGUAUUUUUUAUUUUUUUUAAUUAAAUGAAUGUUGUUCUGAGCCCUAAUGGCUAAUGUAGAAUUUUGCUAACAAGAGGGGUUUUUUUUUCUUUUUGCAAUCAGCACUGUAGAUGAGGAUCAAAACAUUUUUCCUAUUAAUGUGCUUCAUUUUAUGGGGGUUUAUAUAUAUAUAUAAAUAUAUGUAUGUAUAUUUUAAAGGGUAAAUUGAGCUUAUUUUGGAUUUUUUUUUUUCCCCCAGCAGGUGAUUCCAGGUGUUAAAUUCAUCUCUUGACAUUAAAUACAUAAAUUGGAUACUAGAUCUGUAAAUUUCUCAUUGAAGGCAUUGCAUGUUUUUGGUUAACUUGUGCUGCUGUUCAGGAAAAAAGUUUUUAAUAACUUACAGUGUAAAUUUUUCACUCCAGAUGCUAUUAAAAGACCAUGUCCCUUCA